UAAGCGAGACGGGGGGCAGCAGUGCAGUGGGUCCGCCAUCAGGGAAUCCGCCGCCUAGUUGUAAGUAAGUGGUGUGGUGAGGGCACACGCGGGAAUCAAUCGCACAAAUCGCGAGUGCCGCCAGCUGCGUGCGGGCUAUGGAAACCCAUUUCACCGCCAGCUCCCGUCCCACAACAGCCACGCCUAGAAUGAGCGCCGCCUCCUCCGCCACCGCCGCAGGCAACAAUAGCAACACCAGCAACAACGCCGGCAGCAACACCUUGAAUGUAAACACGUCAGCGGGCACCACCAAUGCCGCCGCUGCCGCCGCCCAACCAAUCCAGGUAAUACCUAUGCCGCUGCUGAACACAGGAGGAGCCCAGAUCAUAAUCGGACAGCAGCCUCAGGGCCAGGCGACUGGCCUACAGCCACAGCUCAUACCGCUGCAGGCCAAUCAGAUCAUGCUACAGGCGGCGGCGCAGCAGCAACCCCAGAUGCAGGUGAUGCAGCUGCCCGACGGCCAGACUAUUUUCUACCAGACGCCCACUAUUGCCCAGCUGGAUCCAAAUGCAGCGGCCGCCGCAGCUGCUGCCGCCGUUGCUGCCCAACCGACGCCCCACUACCUCAAUAUUAAUGGCCAGCUGGUGCAGAUAACGCCGGCGGCAAAUGCAAACCAAGCGGCCACUGCCGGUGGCCAGCAGAUCAUCAUGGUGCCGCAGACGGCAAUGGCGGCGGUGAAUGCAGCAGCGGCCAAUGCAGGAGCCGCAGGAGUGGGUACGGUGGUCGCCCAACAACAACAACAACAGCAGCAGGUUCAAUCCCAGACCCAGCAGCAGCAGCAACAACAGAGCGCAGCUGUAGCUGCUGCUGCAGCGGCCAGCGCUGCCGCGAAUAAUGUAAGCGCCGCAGAUGUCAGCACAAGCACCACAGGGACAAAUACGAACAGCGAGGAUGAGAGCUCCAAGGGCGAGGCGGACGAGGAGCCUCUCUAUGUCAAUGCCAAGCAGUACAAACGCAUCCUGAUCCGGCGGCAGGCUAGGGCUAAACUGGAGUCUCGCAUACCCAAGGAACGGUGUAAAUAUCUGCAUGAAUCUCGCCAUCGGCACGCAAUGAAUAGGGCGCGAGGCGAGGGCGGGCGCUUCCAUUCGGCGCAAGAAAAAGGCGAUCAGUCCGGACCGGAUGGCGGCGGCGGCAUGCCUAUGGCUCCCAGUAGCAUGACCCUCAGUCGGGGAACGGCGCGGGCACCACCGAAGCUGAUAGCGCCACACCAAACACCUAGCAUAACCAUAACGGCGAUCAAGUCGGAGUAACGUAACAGCCGCUCCGCCGCGGCUUAGCUGUAGAUACAAGAUUAGAUCAUAGUUCAAUAGUCCUAAGGUAGCCACCUCACCCACCCCGUUCGGACUAAAAUUGUAUUUAUUCUCAAUUAAUUUAGCUUGGUUCCCAAUUCCGUUUCCCCAUGGGUGUUGUUAGUAUCCGAAUUCUUUUUAGGUAACAUCAGUGGUUAUUUUUUUCAAUUUCAAGCUUUUGAAAUCUUUAUUAUUAUAUUCGGUUUGAAUAUUCAUUACAAAAUGUGUUUAAAAGUAAGCUAGUCCUAGUAUUUAUGGUGCAAAUAUUUUAUUGCUUACUUUCUGACACAUUUUUAAUAGAAUUUAAUACCAUAGCGAAAUCUGUGACAUCCCUGAUAAAGUAUAAAUUAAUUUUUGAACUAUAUUGUCUUGAAGUGCAGAUAAAAAUUGUGCAAUUUAUUAAAUAGCAAGCAAUUAUUAAAUUUUUAGAUCGCCAAACUUUAUACAAAAUGGAAUUGGGAACACAGCCCGAGUCACAACUCAAAUAAUAUCGAUUAGUAGACCAAAUCAGUUCCCAAAAAGCCGCAAAAUAAAUUUAAAGAAAAUGUU